GGCUGUUUCUGUAUUGGACUGAAGAAGGAGGAGAGAGGGAGGCCGGACGAAACCAUUUUUGCUCUCUGACUGGAAAUUAAGCAGAGACUGAUGCGGGCACGAAGGCAUAUUCAUUUGGCUUUAACGAGGGAUUUCGUGCGUGUAGCUGUAUUGGAUAUUACGAUUUCUAAUCUGGCUAAUUUGGUGCCGGAUUAGCCCCCGAAUAACGCCGUCACGGACGUUUAAUCCCCCGAACAUCCCUGAUCAUCAACAUCCACACAGGCAGGAGGAUGAGGAGAUGAUUCUGGUGACGCUGCGAUGGAUUCAUACGAAGAUGUGAAGAAAUUAACGAGUACUCGAUGUGAUUUAAAGUUAUCAAGUCGUUUUCAUAUCGCUAAAGAAUAAAAAAAAAAUAACGUUGGAGGCCAUCAUGUUCCCACGGAGGCUGCUGCAGCUGUGGGUGCUGCUGAUACAGAGCGGGUGGUGGGGGGUCGCGCCGAGCCCCACCGAUGAGGGAGCACUCCGAGCCGGCCAAGGGGAGCACGGAGAGCCGGGCCACCAGGAGCCUCACAAGGACUCCUACAGCACCUUCGCAUCCGAGUUCCUGGAGUCUAGAUAUCUGUCUGAUGACGGUAAAGUAACCCUUUUAUACUGUCUUUAAGACUCCACGCGGGGGAAUUUGUUUACAUCUCUAUCUUAGUAAACAAACUAGAAAUUCGUGGGUUGAGAUUAUGGCCCAGUUAGAGCUUAAACUGAGCAUGUGCUGUUUAUUUCAUCCAGCAUCAAACCUGUCCUCACUCUGCAAGGCCUUUCAGCACCCAGGCCAGCUCCCCCUCUGAGACUACCCACCCCCCUCUUCCUCACACACACACGUACACACAGUGGGGAGAAAGAGAAAGUGUAGUGGUCCUCUCCUUAGUGGCCCGUUUUCCUGAAAAGCACCAUCAACAAUUACUGUGUGAGGGCAAAAAUGCAUGUAAAUAUCUUUUUUGUUUUCCAGGUUAUCCAUUCCCCACAGCCCCACCAGUGGACCCCUUUGCCAAGAUAAAAGUGACUGACUGUGGAGUCACUAAAGGCUGCAUAAGGUGAGAGGAGGAACUCUUUGAAAUCAGAGCUCCAGAGCAGCUUUAUACUCCUUGAAACUGUGUCCUCAGUUGACUGCUGAAUCUUUGAUCUCUAAAACUAGGAGGAUGUUUAUUUAAAAGAAGUACAGCUUAUGUAACGUUGUGGGCUCGACCUUCUUUCCUGAAAUCUGUUUUUCUGUUUUGCUUCAGAAACAGAGCUGACACUUUCUUUUUGCUACAGAUAUGGCAAGCCAGGCUGUGAUGCAGAGACGUGUGACUACUUCCUGAGUUAUCGUCGUAUCGGGACAGAUGUGGAGUACGAGCUGAGUGCAGACACAGAUGGAUGGGUGGCUGUAGGGUUCUCCUCUGACAAAAAAAUGGUGAGGUGAUAACACAACUUUUCUUGCUUUUACAAGGAUGUCCUGUAUCUACAACUCCAAAAUAGUUGUAGACACUCAUGUAUUAUUUAAUACUCUCUAGAUUUGAUGCUUGCAGUAUUGAACAGGGACAAAAACACUGAAAAGGUUGUGCAAUGCAGAAAAAAAGCACUUGGAGGAACAUCUCAAAUUAGUUCAAUUUGCAUCAGUUUAAUGACUUGGUAUAAUGAGGACACUCCUGAGAAGCUGAGCCUCUCAGAGGUAAAGAUGAGGAAAGGUUUAUCAUUCUGUGAGAGACUGUAUGAGCAAAAAGUCAACAGUUUAAGAACGACAUUUUUCAUCAUCAAAUUACAGAGGAUAUGAAAUGAUCAGUAUCUACAGAACAUAAUAUCAUUAUAAGACUCUGAGCAUUUGCAGACAAAAGGGACGAGAAAGGAAGCCAAUGCUAUACUGCUGUGAUCUUCACAACCUGCAACAAAGAAGACAUGACUCUGUAGUGGAAGUCAUUUUAUAGGCUCAAAAUCCCUUCAAAAACAAUGAUUUUGGAAAUCAUAGACACUGCAUCCUCUGCUCUAAAGAGACGAUGGAACUACUGGCAGUUCAAAGCCAGUACCCCCAAUCUUAUGGGGAUGCAUAAGUGCACAUGACAUGAGUAGCUUACACAUCUAAAAAGGCACCGUGAAUAAUGAAUAAUACAUUACCAGUUUUAUUGUAUUGUCUUCUGUCAUUCAGACAAUGUACUUUUCAGAGAAGACCUUGUAAAAUAAUUCCAAACCACACGCUGUACGCAGAGUAGUGUUUGAUUGACCUGUCUGUAGUUUCGACCUGUUACUUCCUGAAAAAAAAAAUAUUUUCACAUCAUAAGAUGAACAAUACAACAAAGGAGACCACAAACUGUUGAACAACUGAGAUACUUUAACAAGCAAGAAUGGGAAAACAUUUCACUGUCAAAACUCUAGAGGUUGGCCUCUUCUUUUUCAGUUUAGUUUACAGAGCCUUGUUAAAAGUAGUGAGUUCUGUGAGCAGUGGCCUCUCCAAGAUUGAGAGCUCAAUAAUUUACAGUCUAAGAACUUUUUUGCAGAUGAAUUGUAAUUGGACUGCAACAUAUGGCCAAGAAAUUCCUUCCAUCUUCCAGUCAAUUGGUAGAUCAAAUCAAACCUUCUGGUAGUAGUUUGACUUUCGAGCAGUUAAUAAUAAAGCUUAUACAGUCAGAAUCCAUGUGGGUCAGAGAAACGCUUUACUCCAGGAGGGGAACAGACUACAGAUUUGGAAAACUCACUUCUGAGUUUUGAAAUAUUUACAUGACAGAGAGUUAAAAGAGCUGGGUUUGUUGUCUGAUCUCUACACAUUUAUAUUAAAGAAGUGUUUUAUUUUUGUUUGUUUUUAGGCCUGAAAUAGUCCAGAAAAAACACUUACAAAUUGAGACAUUUCUCUUUAGUAUGAACUUUUACACAUUGCUGUAGACGAGUUUGAUUUGAAACUAAAAUACAAAUGCAAAUGUGAUGAAUAUUGGACUUAUUUAUGAGCAUUUAAAUCUUUGUAAUCUAUCUUUUAGUGAUGUUUACUUUUUGUAUAAGAAAACAUAAAUGAGAAACCUCACAUGAUGUACAUACAGGAGUAUUCUUUUAGCAAAUCUGAUGUAAUAUACAUUAUUCUUUUCUUUAGUUUGGAGAAAAGCUGUUUACUGGUGUUGUCUUUUCUUUCCUCAGGGUGGAGAUGACGUCAUGGGCUGUGUCCAUGAUGAUAACGGACGUGUGCGGAUUCAUCACUUUUACAAUGUGGGCCAGUGGGCUAAGGAAAUAAAGAGGAACCCUGCGAGAGAUGAAGAGGGUAUCUUUGAGAACAACCGGGUGACCUGCCGCUUCAAGAGGCCGCUCUAUGUCCCUCGGGAGGAGACGCUUGUGGACUUACACCUGUCGUGGUAUUACCUGUUUGCAUGGGGACCAGCCAUUCAAGGUGACUGAUCAAACUUAAGCACAAAGUCAGGUGUGUUUUUUUAAUCUAUCAUGACAUCUUAUACAUUGUCUUACCUUUUCCAAUAGGUUCCAUCACAAGGCAUGAUAUCGACAGUCCACCUGUCAGCGACCACAUGAUCAGUAUCUAUAAAUACGAGGACAUCUUCAUGCCUUCUACAGCCUAUCAGACCUUCAACUCUCCCCUCUGCCUACUGCUCAUUGUAGCUCUCACCUUCUAUCUACUAAUGGGAACGCCAUGAUGAAGCACAGCAGAGAUGAAGGCAGAAAAAAGCUAAGAGGAGGAUGUAGCAAUAAAACAAAGUUGCCAUUUUUGUCUAAUGCCACAUUCUAGUGCAAAGAGACACUGUACCAGAUAUAUUAAACACAAUAGAGAGUAUAUAUUUAUCACUCAGAAUUCCUGCUGAAGAUCUAUACAAAAUAAUAAACCUGUCCUGUAGAGGUCAUGUGUACUGCUGUCAGUACAAAACACAAAUAGUCUGAUAAAAAAAAUAGUAUCAUAUUUAAAGGAGACUAAUAGUUUUCAGUAUCUAUGAUAGCUUCCAAGUGUUAAAAAGUUUGAGGACUACAUAUGCCAAUAAAUAAACUUCUAAGUCUUUACAAAACUGCAUGCACUGGAGAAUCUGGGAACGAGUCUAAAAGCCAACUGUUACUUGAGAAGAUGAGACAGAGCCUCAUGUUUAACUUGGCUCAAACAGAAAGGACUUAUGUGAGGAAAGGAAAAUAAAGCAGCUAUCUGCUGUUUGCCAUCGCUCUUCCUGUCCCUUCAACCUGUUAUGUUUACACAGAUUUUCAUGCUUUCAAAAUCAGCACAUUAAAAGAUGGUCUUCUUCCUCAUUUUUAUUAUUAUAGCAUGUAGUUUCCAGGGUUUAUGGGACUGACCACAGAGUGCAUUUAACAUGUAAAAGUAUUUUUUUUCUUAUGUUUAUGUUCAUGGCACUGAUAAACUCAAGGCUUGUCUCACUUUUCAUUGUUUCUCUUCUGUUUCUGUUCCUUCAACCACUGUGGUUGUUACUGUGCCAUAGUGACUGUGUUUUACAGAAAGGGAGACUGCUAAGUGAGUUACUAUUGCCUUUAUAAGCAAUAACAGGAGCAAACUGUGGAGUGAAGAACCGUUUUCCUGGACUUGAAUGACUUUUUGCCCCAGGUUGUCACUGUAGCCUUUUGUUCUGUAUGGAAAAUGAAUGGAAAUGUUAAAAUGUCCCUGACUAACAAAGGCAGUGGUUGAAUUUGUGAUCACUAAGCAUUUUCAUUAAUAAAAAUGCAGAAUAAACAAAAAAAAGAUGCUUAGGUUGCUUUGCACAAACAGAACUCUGAAAGUCAAUCAGUACGAAGAUGUUACAGAUGCUUUAUAAAAACUAGUAUAACUGCAUUUGGGACUGACACUAUACCAUUAAAAACAAUCAUGUAACAUCCUUUGCUUUUUAUGAAUGCACAGGCUCCUGCAAAUCAAAGUCAUAGUUCUCUAAGUUUCAGUUGGUCAAUGUUUUUCAUUUCAGCUUUAGAAAUCCAGAAGUACAAACAUUCUCCCAGUAAAGCAACUAGCAGCUCAGCUACUGCGAACUUGCUGAUUGCCACCAACAGAGACCUCUUCCUUUAGUUUAGCUAAAAAAAGGGAAAAAAUCAAAUUUUCAUGUAUAAUUGAUCCUACAGAAAUAAACAUUGUAUAAUACACACGUGUGACACUGCAGCAAGGAGCCUUGCUAUCUGUUCAACACAAUGUCAUAUUUUAGUAUAACCACUGUGAGGCACUAGUCUGACAUGAAAUAUUUUGUAAUAACAUGAAAAUUUUAAGAUAAUCAAGAAAUAAGGAGAAACUUGUGACUACAAGGCUAUCUAGAAAAGCAGGGAAAUUUUCUUUUUUUCCCCAAACCUUUAUUUCAAUUCUUUAGCAAUGACAAAUAUAUAUUAUUAAACAUGCUACAGCUACAUUCAUCUGAGAGGAAUCAAGACUCUGCAGAAGAAAAAAAAACAUGAAAAGAAAAGAAAAAAAACAAAAAAUCAUAGUCCGGCAUACAAAGAAACAUAAGUUAUGAUAUAAAUGAUGACAAGGGGAUCAAACAUUCAGUACGGAUCAUAGAGACGACCUCAAGGCUUCGUAGAAAAUCAUAGUUUGAAUUGCUUUCCUAUUCGUUAGUCCAGUCUUAAAAUGUUUUAAAACAUAUCUUUGUUUUAUUUUUAAUCUAGUGGGUAUUUGGUUUCUUUUUAGACCAUUUACAUUUGUGUAUAUAAAAUCUUCCAUACAAAGUAAAAAGUUGAACAAAAAAA